AUGAAUUUCUCCAGAAAUAGCACCGGCUCCUUCAGGGCCAAGCUCUCCUCCUUCCGCAAGAAGUUUCAAAACUUCUUCCACCGUCAUCAAGUUCCUAAAACUGUUAGCAACCAACAGCAUGGAAUCUUUGAACUGACACUCACUUCUGAAGUCAUUACUCUGCCAAAGUCCAGCGACAACCAAGCCGGAAGAGGAUUGGGUACUUCAACCAGUCUGCCAGUUUCCAUUGGCACUGCUGCAAGCACCCUUCCCACUCCCCUUUCCCAUUCUGCCACCAUUGAGACUCCAGCUACUACCAUUGCUGUUAAUACCAAUGAUAAGGAGAACAUUUUAGUUACUCCACCACCACCACCUCAAGUUGCUUUACUUGAAAAGGCUCUCCUUGUUAUCAAUGAAAACUUCGAACCCCAUGCUCCUAAGCCAAGCAAAGCAAAGUCUAUGGCUGUUGAAACAGAAGGCGACAACAACGACUGUUCAUUCAAAACUAGCGAAUGGAAAGAUCUCUUUGAACUUUACCAAGAAGCCGUCAAAGCCUUCUGUCCUUUGAUUGAACCCCAAGCUGCUUCUCCUCCUACUGUUGAAACCAAGGAUAGGUGUCAGGAAGUUGAAGAAGAAGUCCCUCUUUUUGACCCAUCAAUUUCCUCAUUACUGUUUUCUGAGCAUCUCAUAGUCUGUGAACUAUAUAGUGCUGCUCUGGAGCGGAUCAUUAGUGGUGAUCUGCACCGAUCGGACUCUUGUAUUAGUCCAGGUUUGAGUGACUACUCCAAUGGUAGUGAGGCUUAUUAUCGUGGCAAGAUUCCAAGAAACUUCCUUCGGAUGUACCAACAUCCCAAGCAGAUACGGAAACGUACUAGGGCAGUUGGAAAUACCAAAUGA